CGCCGGAAGGCCCGACUCCGAGCUGCGGCUGAGAUGAGUGCAGUGUCGGAGCCGCAGGCCGCGCACAGUGCCCUGGAGAAGCCGCCCACCACGGCGAUCCUGUGCCACACCUGCGGCAGUGUGUGCAAGGGGGAGGUGCUGCGCGUCCAGAGCAAGUACUUCCACAUCAAGUGCUUCGUCUGCAAAGCAUGUGGCUGUGACCUGGCCGAGGGCGGCUUCUUCGUGCGGCAGGGCGAGUACAUCUGCACGCGGGACUACCAGCGGCUCUACGGGACCCGCUGCUUCAGCUGCGACCAGUUCAUCGAGGGCGAGGUGGUGUCGGCGCUCGGCAAGACCUACCACCCCGACUGCUUCGUCUGUGCCGUCUGCCGGUUGCCCUUCCCCCCCGGGGACCGAGUGACCUUCAACGGGAAGGAAUGCGUGUGCCAGAAGUGCUCCCUGCCCGCGUCGGGGAGCAGCAGCGCGCACCCGUCCCAGGGCCUCUGGAGUUGCGGGGGCUGUGGCACAGAAAUCAAAAACGGCCAGUCCCUGGUGGCCUUGGACAAGCACUGGCACUUGGGCUGUUUUAAGUGCAAGACUUGCGGGAAACAGCUGAACGCAGAGUACAUCAGCAAGGAUGGGCUGCCCUACUGCGAGGCCGACUACCACACCGAGUUUGGCAUCCGCUGUGACGGCUGUGACAAGUUCAUCACGGGGCACGUGCUGGAGGCGGGGGAGAAACACUACCACCCCUCGUGUGCACUAUGCGUCAGGUGCGGCCGGAUGUUUGCGGAGGGCGAGGAGAUGUACCUUCAAGGCUCCUCCAUCUGGCACCCGGCGUGUCGACAGGCGGCCAGAACUGAAGACAAGAACAAGGAAACCAGAACUUCCUCAGAGAGCAUCAUUUCGGGUCCUGCUUCCAGCACCUCAGGGUCUCCGAGCCGCGCAAUUUAUGCGAAGCUGGGCGAUGAGAUUCUCGACUACAGAGACUUGGCUGCUCUUCCCAAGAGCAAGGCCAUCUACAACAUCGACCGCCCCGACAUGAUCUCCUACUCGCCCUACGUCAGCCACGCGGCGGGAGACAGGCAGAGCUGCGGCGAGGGGGAUCAGGACGACCGCUCCUACAAGCAGUGCCGGACCUCCAGCCCGAGCUCCACGGGGUCGGUCAGCCUUGGGCGUUACACCCCGACCUCACGGUCGCCCCAGCACUACAGCCGUCCAGCUGGUACUCUGAGUGUCGGUACCAGUAGCUGCCUGUCCCUGUCCCAACACCCAAGCCCUACCUCCGCGUUCAGACAUCAUUACAUCCCCUACUUCCGAGGCAGCGAAAGUGGCCGGAGCACCCCCAGCCUCUCGGUGCUCUCAGACAGCAAGCCUCCCCCCUCCACCUACCAGCAGGCUCCUCGCCACUUCCACGUCCCAGACACGGGCGUAAAAGAUAACAUCUAUAGGAAACCCCCCAUCUACAAACAGCAUGCCGCGAGGCGAUCGGAUGGCGAGGAUGGAAGUUUUGACCAGGAUAACAGGAAGCAGAAGACCAGCUGGCUGAUUCUCAAGGGGGAUGCAGACACCAGGACUAACUCUCCAGACCUAGACAGCCAGUCCUUGUCCCACAGCAGCGGGCCCGAUAGAGACCCUCUCCAAACAACGCAAGGGGACAGCUUUUACUCACGAUGCCCCUAUUCCAAAUCUGACCCUCUCCCAGGACAUGGAAAGAAUGGCUUGGACCACCGGAAUGCCAAUCUGGCCCCUUGUGGAGCAGACCCGGAUGCCAGCUGGGGCACGCGAGAAUACAAGGUCUAUCCUUAUGACGCGCUCAUCGUGACAAACCGGAUCCGCGUGAAACUGCCCAAAGAUGUGGACCGGACGAGGCUGGAGAGACACUUGUCACCGGAGGAGUUCCAGGAAGUGUUUGGGAUGAGCAUGGAAGAAUUUGAGCGCCUGGCCCUCUGGAAGAGGAACGACCUCAAGAAGAAAGCCCUGUUGUUUUGACGGCCACCAAGGCUCCUGACCAUGCGUGCCAGUGGCAGAGCCACGGGAAACCUGGCGAGAACCACGAAAACCCCUCCUCUUGCACCUGGCUCUGUCUUCUCUGUGUCGAUGGGUGGUGGUGGGCACCUGGGGGGCUGCGCUGGGGCUGGGGCGGGAGAAGGCCCCCCAGCGGGGGCAGCCCCUGUUUCUGCCAGUGACCCCCUGCCUAGUUUAGGGCCCAGGCACCUGGCUUUGCACUGCUCCUUCCCCGCUGUUGCUUGGCAUCAGGGAGAUGCUGCAAAGUAGCCCAGGAGAUGGAGGGACGUUUACACGGCCGCAGCCCGCCUUCCCGGCCUCCAUGCGGUGCCCCAGCCCCUGCACUGGGCCGUGGGGGCACAGAGGUGACCGAGACCUGAGAUUCGAGGAGGCUUGUCACGGACAAGCACCAACACAAUCAUGGUGGGUGGGCACUUGGCUCCCGGUGUGUGCUCGCCCCCGCCCGCCCGCUCAGCCCAGGGAGCUGGCCUGGCACACAGCGUCUGGUUCGCAGUGCCCACAGGCCAGGGCAGGGAGAGGGCUGCGCAGAGCAUGGGGGCGCGGUUUCUGCAGCUGUUUGUGACAAGUCUGUUUUUAGGGACGAACGUCACCUUGGCGGGGCCUUCCACCGGGGCCCUCCGUGCACUGCGUCUUUCUUCCAAAUCAUCCCCUAGAUGCCUAAAUGAUAUCUUUAAAGUAACACAAAAGUUUUUAUUUUAUUAAAAAGUAUAGCCUACUUCAGCAUAAGACGACAUAUAUAAAGAGUUUAGUUUUACGGUCCCACGGAAGGGGAGCGCCUCCAGCCUUAUUCUCCACCGUUCCGAUCUGUGUGGUUUCGGUUCUUGGUGUGUUCCUGAUACAUAGAACCCCCUGUCUGUGUUUUUUUUUGCUUUUUUUCUUUCUUACCCAUCACACAGGUACCCUUAAAGGCAGACCCCCUAAAUAACGCUGUUUGUACGUGUGCGUGAAGUGUAGCCACCACUGUUUCCCUGCUGUUAUUUUCCAAGUCUUGGAGAGAAAACACCCUCCUCUGAUGGCCAAAGCCCCAGAAGGAAGGAUUUCCACGUCCCCAGCCUGAUCCCCAGCACAGCUGUGGGCGUGCCCUCUUUGUGACGUAGCCAGUGGUGUCCCACUUUUCCCACAGUAAGACACAAACACGGCCCGGGAGUGAGGCCUGGUGCGUGGUCCUGAGACAGACACCUGGACACUCGGGGAGGGA